UAUUUUCACCGAAUUGGUCUCGUGUUUACAUCCGGAGGACGGCGGAGGACGGUGGAGGACUCACCGUGAAUAAGCUCGCCCCUCCCGUCCCGCCACUUUGUAGUCGUUGUACAUCCUCGCCCAUUCCUUGAGUUUCGCGAGGGCCGAGGACACGUGUGGAUCUUUCCCGGCAUUUUCCCGUCGACAGUGAAAGAGCGAAGCGAACGCGCGUCCCCGUAUUUAUCUAUAGGGUUCAAGUCGUCCAGCGCGAACGAUGAAGGUGACGGUGACGACACUCAGCGACGAUAGCGUCUUCGUCCUUGACGUGAGCGAGGAGCUGGAGCUAGAGAACUUCAAGGCGUUCUGCGAGAUUGAGAGCGGCGUGCCAGCCCAUGAGAUUGUGAUCGCGUUCAACGGCCUGCCACUUAUGGACGACAAGAAGUCGUUGCGCGAUCAUGGGAUCCGCGACGGCGACGCUGUCAUCCUCCAGCACAUGCAUCAAAGCGGCAGCGAUUUGAACUUGCAGCCCUUCAACAGAGCCAUUCCAUUACUGGACUUCAGUUCCAUCAGAGUUCCUGGGACCAGCAAUAAUCAGCGUCCAUCGCCAAUCGCAAACAACAGAGUACAAAAUCCCCGCAGCGAGGAUGACCCAGCUAUGAUAAAAAAUAUGUUCCUGGCUAAUCCAGAUCAGUUGGCAUUGUUAAAACAAAAUAAUCCCAGAUUAGCCGACGCACUACUGUCAGGAAAUCUUGAUAGAUUUUCAACUGUACUCAAAGAGCAGAUAGCCGCUCGAGAAGAACGACAAGCACAACGGCUGAGAAUGAUGAAUGCCGAUCCCUUUGACACCGAAGCACAGCGUCUAAUUGCCGAAGAGAUUAGACAGAAAAAUAUCGAAGCAAAUAUGGAAGCUGCAAUGGAGUACAAUCCAGAGACCUUCGGCACUGUCGUUAUGUUGUAUAUCAAUUGUAAAGUCAACGGAUUUCCAGUUAAAGCCUUUAUUGACUCAGGUGCACAAACUACUAUUAUGUCUGCUGCCUGUGCCGAGAGAUGUCAUAUUAUGCGUUUGGUGGACACAAGGUGGGCUGGAGUCGCCAAGGGUGUUGGAGUACAACGCAUAAUAGGUCGUAUACACAUGGUACAAAUACAGAUCGGCAACGAUCAUCUGACAACAUCCUUCAGCGUUCUUGAGGAACAGCCUAUGGACAUGCUGUUGGGCUUGGAUAUGCUUAAAAGACAUCAAUGUUGCAUAGACUUGAAGAAGAAUGUCUUGAAGAUCGGAACUACAGGCACUGAAACUCCAUUUCUGGCAGAAGGUGAUUUACCAGAGUGUGCAAAAUUAAGUGGAAACAGUGAUGAAUCCUUAGAUGACAGAGAUCUUCAGCGAGCUCUCGAGGAUAGCACGAGGGAUGCUAAGAAACAGAGGCAGCAUGACGGGCAAGGCAGCAGUAAUCAAGGGUCAUCAAGGCCCGCCGCUUUAGAGACUACAAUUUAUCCGCAUGAUCCGUUCACGGAAGCCACAGUCAAGGAACUAGAGGCUCUGGGUUUUACCAGGGCGCAAGUUAUUGCGGAAUUGCGUAGAUUUAACGGGGAUAAAACGCAGGCUACCGCUGCACUGUUUGCGAAAUCAUUAAAAUUUUGAAUGU